GAAAGCCGCUUUGGAAGGAACGUUAUCAGAAACUGAAGGACGCUACUGCAUGCAGCUUGCUCAAAUCCAAGAGCUGAUCCAGAAGGUGGAGGCAGAACUGGCAAAUAUCCGCUGUGAGAUAGAGAGUCAGAGCCAAGAGUACAAAAUUCUUCUAGAUAUCAAGGCGCGCCUAGAACAAGAAAUCAACACCUACCGCAACCUACUGGAUGGACAGGGAAUUCAGACCCCAAAGGGCUCCCAUGAUUAUUCAUCUUCAUCACAUUACUCAUCAGGUUCCCAGUCUGAUAAAACA